CAACUGAAAAAUCAUUCCAUCAUGGCCAGCGGCUACGGUCGUCGUCGCUCAUCAGUCGGUGCCGAUCCGCCAGAUUAUCAUGCACGAGGCUACGCUAACGUGCUCCAGCGGCAAGGCUCGCACCACUCCCAAGGCGUGAGCCACCAUGUCGCCCAACGCGAAGUGUCUGAUCACCUCGACUUGCAGACUCCAGACUUUCGCCUUCGAGUGUGGCAUCGUGAGCGGCAGCAGGCUGCGCGUCGUCAAGGUUCGCUUCAACAAGAGUCGCAGCAUGAGCCUUCGCAGCGUCAAGCCUCGCAUCAUGAGCCGUCGCAACACCAAUCUUCGCGUCGCGCCUCCCAUACCGGUCACAUUCAUCUUCCAUCAAAUGCCCGCAUCGUUGCUAUCGGAUCUCUUCCAUCAAAUGCUCGAAUUGUUACUCUCGGAUCACUCGCUGCUGGCGACUACGAGCCCUCACAAGUCUCUCGUCGCGCUUCGAGCGCCGGCAACAGCCAUCAUCCGUCAAACGCUCGCCUCAUUGAAGCCGGACCACAUCAACCCUCACACCACCAAGACUCACGUCGCGCCUCAAACGCCGGCCACAGUCAGCGUCAAUCGAAUGGCCUCAACGGUGUGGGAUCAUAUGCCCCUGUCAACCACGAGCCGAACAACCAGCUCGCUCGCCGUGCGACAAUCACCCCCAGGUUAGCAGGGCGUUGCCUCAGCUCGCUUUUUGCGCGUCCUUCGCACGAAGUCCGCGAGGUCAACGGGCGUUUGGUGCAGGUGCGUCCUUCCGCUGCAAAGAAAGAGGUG